GCUCUCAUCUCUGAGUCUGAUAGCCAGAGAGGGAGUGCUUUGGGAGUGACAUGGGAAAAUGUGAAAAUGUGCACUGUAGCUGAAGUUCAGGAGGUGAGCCACGCUCGGAAAGGACCAGCUCUUUCCAGGGGCAAUGGGGAGUUCUGUCCCACUAUCUUCAACUUGGACCAGGCUGUAUUUUCUUUUCCUGGUCAGAAAACAGCAGCGGGGCUCAUCUUCCACACAGUGUUGUGCAGCAGCCCUUGAAGCCAAAAGCAGCUUUGCUUGUGUGGGAUGUUGAAGUUAAUGGAGAAAUCCAAAAACGGCAGGAAGAAAAAUCUCACAACAGCUCUGCAAUGGCGAGGAGACGGGCUCCCCAGCGGCGAUGGCGCCGCCCAGAGACGCCGGCAGCCUCUGCUGAGCGGGACUCCCAGGUGGUGCUGGAGGCCCAGGUGGCCGGGGCCGGCCUCAACAUGGCCAGCGGGGCAUCCAUGAGCAGCAGCCACCGCGCCAGGGACAACGCUGGGAUCAUCUCCCGCAUCACUUGUUACCUGGCGAUGGCCAUUAUCUUCCUGCGGAGACUCAUCAGCACCUGUGUCUCCGCCAUGCAAAAGAUGCCCCAGAAGAAAAAAAGGCUCUGGAAAGUCCUCUUCUGCAUCUCUGCCACUCUUGCUGCUGUCUACUGCUGGGGCUGGCUGUCAGUGGGGACAUUACGGGCCGGGGAAGCACCACAGGAGCUGCCAGAGCAGUCUGCAGUGGAGACGAACCCCUUGCAGAACUCGCUUGCUUUGUUGAGGCAGCAAGUCCACAAGACGCAGCUUCUGUGGGAGCAGGUGGCUCGCCUGAGUGCCGAGAUCAGCAGUGUGAAGAAGGAAGUUCAGCAGCUGAGAGAGGCAAUGCCCGAGACCGCUCUGCAGGACUAUGCCCACAUGUCCGACAGGGCCCUCAGAAGCUCAGGUGCCACCAUCGACAUCCGGAGAACGUCCAAGAGCUACGAGGGGCCAGAGCAUGGGCUCUGCAGGGCUCUGUGGUUGCUCUGCUCUGCUGCAAACCCUCCACAAACAAUUCUGCAGCCAGACGUGACUCCCGGACAGUGCUGGCCUUUCCAAGGGUCUCGGGGGCAGGUGGUCAUUCGGAUGCCUGCACCCAUCCAGCCAACCGCUGUCACCGUGCAGCACAUCUACAAAGCAGUCUCUCCGUCCGGGACCGUCAGCAGCGCCCCCCGACAUUUCACUGUCUCGGGAGUGGACGAGGAGGCGGAAGAAGAAACUCUCCUUGGGACAUUCAUGUACGACGUGGAAAAAGAGGCCAUGCAGACCUUCCCUCUCAAGCAGGAGCUUUCCAGAGCCUUUCAAUACAUAAAACUUUUUGUGCGGAGCAACUGGGGAAACACGGAGUUCACCUGCAUUUACCGCGUGCAGGUUCACGGGAAGGUGGCGAGCCAGACCUCCUCUCCGCAACCCGAAGACAUGAGGAGACCUCUUCUUAAUAAGAAAUAAAAAGAGGAAAACAAGCAAAGGCAGGCCCAGG